UAACUCUCACUUUUCUGAAAACUCUCGAACCUUGUCAACCUCGUUCUCUCUCCAACCUGACCUGCCCCGAUUCCCUGACCUUGUUCUCCAACCUGGCCUGAGCUCGUUGUCCGAUCCGAGAUGCUCGAGCUCCUUCUCCGACCCUAGCCUCUCGAGCUCCUUCUCCGACUCGAGCCACCUCGAGCUUGUUCUCCGAUCUGACCUCGAGCUCCUUCUCCAACCUUACCUCGAGCUCAUUCUCCGACAUGAGCUCGUCAAUCUCCGACAUGAACUCCCUACAAGAUUUGGUUAUGCAACUCUUAGGAUACUUCUUGAAGGCUUACUUGAAGGCUUGAAGGCUGGGUUCAAUCGAUACUUCGAUUUCAGUUUUUGAUUUCAGAUUCUUGAAGGCUUGAAGGCUGGGUUCGAUUUCGGAUUUCUGGGUAAGUUGCUUGCCCCCUGCAUCAUUUUUACAAGCCAUGGAAGAGUACGUCAGAGAAGCUCCCCGUGUCUCAAUAGUUCGCAAGGAGGUGAUUGACAAUAAAAUUUCUGCCCCCAAGGAAAUCUUGGCCAUAGAGGACAAAAAGACCCAAGACGAUGAGGCACGUCCACCUUCCCCACCUCCACCUAAACCAGUAAAAGUGGUAGCACCUGUAGUUGAACCACUUGAUUUGCUAGGUUUGAAUGAUCCUAUUCCAGAUACUGCAGCAUUAGAUGAGAAGAAUGCCAUGGCUUUAGCUAUUGUUCUAGUUUCUGAUCAACCUGCGGCUCAACCUCAAGCAAAUGGAACAGGUUGGGAAUUGGCACUUGUUACAGCCCCAAGCUCAAAUGAGAGUGCUACAGCUGCUAGCAAACUGGCGGGAGGGUUGGACUUGCUUACACUAGACAGCCUAUAUGAUGAUGCAAUUAGAAGAAACAAUCAAAAUGUAAGCUACAACCCAUGGGAGCAGGCCCCAUGAAUGGUGGCAUGAUGCA